CAACAACAUCAGCAUCACUCUCCCCGCGUCCACCUCACCAUGUCCACCCUCUUCAGCCUCAAGUCUAACCAGUCGCGGACGUUCAAGCCAAAGAAGGCUGCCGAAGGCACCAAGCAGUGGCAGCUCAAGCAGUAUGCUCAGCAGACGCUCGGAUCGGGUAACCUCCGCACCGCGGUGCAGCUGCCUGAAGGCGAGGACGUGCAGGAGUGGAUCGCCGUUCACGUCGUCGAUUUCUUCAACCAUGUCAACAUGCUGUACGGCACCAUCUCCGAGUUCUGCACGCCCGAGCACUGCACGAUCAUGAACGCGGGCCCCAAGUUCGAGUUCUACUGGGAGGACGGAGAUACCUACAAGAAGCCCACGCCGCUCAGCGCGCCCGCGUACGUCGAGGCGCUCAUGACAUGGGCGCAGAACAUCAUCGACGACGAGAAGAUGUUCCCCCAGAAGAUUGGCGUCAAGUUCCCGCCGACGUUCAUGCAGACGGCCAAGACGAUCCUGCGCCGCCUGUUCCGCGUGUACGCGCAUAUCUACCACUCGCACUUUGAUCAGAUCUGCGCGUUGGGCAUUGAGGCCCACCUCAACACCAACUACCGCCACUUCCUCCUGUUUGUCGACGAGUUCUCGCUCCUCAGCGACCGCGACCUGCUACCGCUCGAGGAGUUUAACAAGACGAUCGUCGAGGAGACGAGGAAGUAGGCCAUUUGAUCGUCCCCCUCCCGUUCCGGUGCUUGUCACGGACACCUCAUUACUUUUAUCUGAUUCAGCCCGCACGUAGCAUUGUAUGCACUCACGAUCACGACGA